UACUGUCUGCUCGUAACCACAGCGACUUAAUCUGGAGCUGGAUGCGUUCUGGAGGAACCUGUUCGCGAUAACAGAAAAUAAAACACUCAGCCGAACAUCUGCAGCGUUCAUGUCAUCGGAUAAAGAUGCCGUCGGCUUCGGUUAGCUCGUUUCACCUGGGCGACCGGAGAGUUUGGUCGAUGUGACAUUGCUUGAGCUUUUUGUUCUGGUCCCGGACGCAGAGCAGCGAUCGUGCUCUGGGAAGAUGUUGAGUCGGCUGAUGAGUGGCAGCGUCAGAAGCCUGGAGCGAGAAUACUUGUGCACGGUCAGACUGCUGGAUGAUACGGAGUAUACCUGCACCAUUCAGAGGGAUGCCAAAGGCCAGUAUUUGUUCGACCUCAUCUGCCACCAUCUAAACCUGCUGGAGAAGGACUAUUUUGGCAUUAGAUAUGUCGAUCCGGAUAAGCAACGGCACUGGCUGGAGUUCACCAAGUCAAUUUCUAAGCAGAUGAAAUCACAACCUCCAUUCACCAUGUGUCUGCGGGUAAAGUUCUACCCACCAGAUCCUGCUGCUCUAAAGGAGGAGAUCACCAGGUAUCUCGUCUUCCUGCAGAUCAAAAGAGAUCUGUACCACGGUCGUCUGCUCUGCAAAACGUCUGACGCUGCCAUGUUGGCAGCUUACAUCUUACAAGCUGAGAUUGGAGACUACGACCCAGGAAAGCAUCCAGAGGGCUACAGCUCAAAGUUCCAGUUCUUCCCCAAGCACUCGGAGAAGCUGGAAAGAAGGAUUGCAGAGAUUCACAAGACCGAGUUAAUAGGUCAAACUCCAGAAACAGCUGAGCUGAAGUUCCUGCAGAAAGCAGAAAUGCUUGAAACAUACGGCGUGGAUCCUCAUCCGUGCAAGGAUGUAUCUGGUAACCCGGCUUUCCUCGCCUUCACCCCGUUCGGUUUUGUCGUGCUUCAGGGGAACAAAAGAGUCCAUUUCCUCAAGUGGGACGAGGUGACCAAACUGAAGUUUGAGGGAAAGACAUUCCAUAUAUAUGCAAAUCAGAAGGAGGACAAAAAGAUCAUCUUGACAUACUUUGCACCAACUCCAGAGGCCUGCAAGCACCUUUGGAAAUGCGGUGUUGAAAAUCAAGCCUUCUACAAGCUGGAGAAGUCGAGCCAGGUUCGUACGGUGUCCAGCAGUAACCUGUUCUUCAAGGGGAGUCGUUUCCGCUACAGUGGAAGAGUAGCCAAAGAGGUAAUGGAGCAGAGUGCAAAAAUUAAACGGGAACCUCCAGAAAUACACAGGGCUGGCUUGGUGCCCAGCAGAAGCUGUCCAUCCAUCACGCAUGGGCCGCGGCUGAGCAGUGUCCCGCGGACCCGCCGGAGAGCCGUACACAUAUCCAUCAUGGAAGGUCUGGAAUCCUUGCGGGACAGCGCCCACUCCACUCCCGUGCGCUCCAUGUCCCACGGCGACUCCUUCAUCCCACGUUCGCGGAGCCAGGCGACGGACUCCGGCGAUGGGACGGCAGUCAUCUCCGAUGAGACCUACAGUCCCUCCGACAGCGUGCUGCCCACACCAGUGGCCGAGCACAGCCUGGAGAUGGCAGUCUCACGCCAGAUCAACGGCGCCCCCUGCAGCAUCGAGGAGGAGAAAGAGUCUGAGGCGGCCACGCCCACCGUGGGCGACAUGGCCGAGUUAGGAGCGGACAGUAGGGCGGUGGGCCCCGUGCAGAGCGCAGGCGCGCUCAGCGAGACGGAACAGGUGAAUAAGUUUGUUUUAAGUGUACUCCGUCUGCUCCUUGUGACCAUUGGACUCCUCUUUGUCUUGCUCCUCCUCCUCAUCAUCCUCACUGAGUCCGACCUUGACAUUGCAUUUUUACGUGAUAUCCGCCAGACCCCCGAGUUUGAGCAGUUCCAUUACGAAUACUUUUGUCCCCUCAGACGGUGGUUUGCCUGCAAGCUCCGCUGGGCGGGCGGACUGCUCAUUAACAAGUGAAAAUGAGGCACUAAAGCUCGUAAAGCCUCCCUUGUUGGGGUCGAGAAGACGCUAAACACGUGGAGAGAGAGAGAGAGAGACGGAGGGCAUCGACCUGUCCCAUGAACCCAGCUUCUUUCAUGACACUCUUGCUGACACACGGUGGACCACCAGGCCCACAGCUCCUCUUCUCUUCCACUUUUAGUUUUUUCUCCCCCGUCCAUUUUUACACCUUUAUUUUUGUUGUCUUUUUUAUUUUUAUUUU